AUGGGAUCAUUCUGGUCAGAUGCAGAGCUUGUCACCACGGUAUACUUUUGCUCGCGUGGGUUCACCGACGGUGCUGUGUCCCGGAUACUCAGUAUUCGAGGAUAUUACCGUACACCCCAUGCGAUUCGCCGCAAGAUAGCCGAUACGUUAAAACACUUCUCCAGUCUACAGCUAGCAAGUGGUAGUUGGGAUAUAGACGAAGUGGAUAUGUGGCUGGACAGCCUCAGCCUGGAUCACGAAACUGUAAAUCACCUUAUUGCUUGCAAUCGCAUUGAUGCGUAUAUUGCCGACGAGCAUGGGAUUCUGGCUUUUGUCUUGCAGAAUUUAACAUCUCAGAGCCAGCGCUGGGGCUGGGUUGUUUCUCCAUGA